GCAUACACAAACAAAGUGAAGCAUUUUCUUUUAACUCUCGGCUGUCUCAGACUCCCCACAUUGCAAAGGUUAAAAGAAAAUGCUUUGUUGUUUGUUUUUGUAUUGUGUAAAAUUGGGUAAACACAAUGAUGGUUCGUCAUGGCAAGCUAGCCGGUGACGUGGUCCUGGCCUUUUACAGGGGUGGGUCUGGCUGUUCCUCGGCAAGGGUCUCUGAACGCCCUCUGGUGCAUAUCAUAGGUACCUCUCCUUUACCUUUUUUGCAAUGUCUUUGUGGAGGAGGAAAUGUUCACAAUAACGAUGUCCAUGAAACGAUAAAAUAACGUCAUGCAGCCUACCACUUCUGGAUAUUAUGGCGGACUUCAUGGUACUUUAUCAGGGACUCAGAGAGCUCGUGUAGCGUUCCUGUCCAUAAACAGAGGUUUGACGAUCUGAGUCUGACUGAGAAGUUUCAAAUGGCAACCGAGACUGAAUUCUUUGCUGGUAUUCCGAAGAUUCCAUAUGUUCCGAACGCAGGGCCACGAGACGUCUUGUGCUUCAAGCACUACAGUGCAGAAGAGGUGCUGCUGGGAAGGAAGAUGGAGGACUGGCUGAGAUUCUCUGUCUGUUACUGGCAUUCCUUCUGUGGAACUGGUGCUGACCCGUUUGGGUUCCCCACCCUCCAGAGAUCGUGGAAUGAGGGAACCCCCAUGGAGGCAGCCAGGAAGAGGCUCCAUGCUGCUUUUGAGUUCUUCACCAAAUUGGGCGUCAAGUACUACACAUUUCAUGACAGGGACAUGGCCCCAGAGGGCAGCAGCCUGGAGGAGUCCAACAGAAACCUGGAUGAGAUGACGGACCUAGCCUUGCAGCUUCAGAACAGGACCGGGGUCAAGGUCCUCUGGGUCACUUGUAACCUGUUUGCCCACCCAAGGUACAUGAAUGGUGCAGCCACCAACCCAGACAGUCAUGUGCUAGCCUACGCUGGGGCCCAGGUGAAGAAAGGACUGGAUGUAGCUAAGAAGCUGGGGGCAGAGAACUUUGUGUUCUGGGGAGGCCGAGAGGGCUUUCUGUCCAUACACAACACUGAUGUGGCAGCUGAACUCAAACACAUGGCCAAUUUCUUCAAAAUGGCUGUCAAGUACAAAGAAAAGAUUGGCUUGAAGUGUCAGUUUCUGAUUGAGCCCAAACCCAAAGAGCCCUGCAAGCAUCAGUAUGACUAUGAUGCCAUGAGUGUCAUUGGCUUCCUGAAGCACUUUGGUUUGGACAGCCACUUCAAGCUGAACAUCGAGCCCAACCACACCACGCUGGCUGGCCACUCCUAUGAACACGAUGUUGUGAUGGCCUCUGUCUUUGGUAUGCUGGGUUCUGUUGACUCUAACACGGGUUCUCCUGACCUGGGCUGGGACACAGACCAGUUCCCCAUGGACAUCAGAAACACCACCAUGGUCAUGAAGACGGUGAUAGAGCAGGGUGGACUGCAGCCUGGAGGACUGAACUUUGAUGCCAAGGUGCGUCGGGAAUCUACAGACCUGGAUGACAUGUUUAUCUCCCACGUUGGUGCAAUGGACGCCUUCGCCCGCGGCCUGAGGAACGCCGUCCGCAUCAUAGAAGAAGGAGUGGUCACCAAUAUGGUCAAGGAACGCUACAUGAGCUUCAGUCAUGGGAUUGGUCAGAAGGUGGAGGACGGCAGCGCCUCAUUGGAGGAUUUGGAGGACUUUGUCAUGGAGAAUGGAGAGCCUAACGUCACGUCAGGGAAACAGGAGAAAUAUGAAACCAUCUUCAAUCACUACCUGUAAAUACGUAUAGCUACUGGAUAUACAUGGGGGGGGGGGG